UGCCGGCCUUCUUUUCUUCUCUCCUCCAUUUCCAAGGCCACACCAAUCCGACCGGACGAGACAAAAGAGUCCCGAUUUCAGCUUCAUUAUAACUCAUAUAUACUGUAUAUAUUAUUAUUAUUAUUAUUAUUAUUAUUAAUCUAAAAUGGCAAACCCUAGAGUUUUCUUUGACAUCACUGCUAGUGGAUGUCCUCUCGGCAGAGUGAUUAUGGAGCUGAGAGCUGACGUUGUCCCCAGGACAGCAGAGAACUUCAGGCAGCUGUGCACAGGGCAGCCUGGCUUUGGCUACAAAGGUUCUACCUUCCACCGUGUCAUCCCUAACUUCAUGUGCCAGGGUGGCGAUUUCACAAACCACAACGGAACCGGUGGGAAGUCCAUCUACGGCCACAAAUUUGAGGAUGAGAACUUCACUCUGAAGCAUACAGGGUCUGGCUGCCUGUCCAUGGCCAACGCUGGACCCAACACUAACGGCUCGCAGUUCUUCAUCUGCACAGCACUCACCAGCUGGCUGGAUGGGAAGCACGUGGUCUUCGGCCAGGUCGUGGAGGGCAUGGACGUCAUCAAGAAGGUGGAGAGCUAUGGCAGUAACAGCGGCAAGACCAGCACCGAAAUAGCCAUCGCAGACUGCGGCCAGCUCUAGACGUGUCGUGGCUCCUGGCCUGCGAUGUUUCCUGUACACCUUGAUCUCUUAGUCCCCUUGAAGCACUACUAAAAUCAUGACAUUCCUGUCCUGCUUCGACACCUCCUGCUAGUCCGCAUCCAUUACGCUGUCCACUGUUUUGACCUUUUUUUUUGUAAUUAUUAUUUUGAUCGGUUCUCAUUUUUAUUUGCAAAUAGAAGCCCACGGGCUGUGAGAAUUGUGUGUCAAAAUCUGAAAAUAAAAAGGGGAACAACGA